UAUUAAAUACGGCUAAGAAAAUUAAUACCAGCAUAGCUAAAGCAAUAUAUUGUUUUACAGCUCUACACAGCUGAAUAAAGUUACGAAGCGUAUAAGUAGCCAUGGGUAGCGGCGACAAAGAAGAGUCUACUCCCACCGGCUGUAAGAAGAAGCUGAUGGAUUUGAAGGAGUGUGUACAAGACUCCCCAAGCUUCAGGAUACAGCUCAAAGAACGAGAGAAAGAAAUUGUGGAUUUAGAAUCACGUCUGGAAAAGGUCGUGAGUGCGUGUGAUCGGAUGGUAUCCAGUGGGAUUGGCUACACUGACGCUAGUCGAGCCUUCUCUGUGAGCGUGAAGGAUCUCGCCUCUCACUUCCAGGAGAAUGAGGUCAUCGCUGGAACUCUGACUCGUUUCUACGAGAUCAUCAAGGAGCUCCAGUCCUACUAUAGCAUUCUCUUUGAUCAAGCUCAAAGAAGUGUGCAAACUUCACUACGCUCCUUCCUUUCUGGUGAGCUGAAGAAGGUGAAAGAGACAAAGAAAGUCUUCCACAAAGUUAGCGACGAUUUGAACUCAUGCUCUGUCCGCAAUGCCACUGUCACCAGGAACAAACUGCAGGAGUGUGAAGAGUCGAGUGUGGCGCUGGCUAAUGCUCAGAACAUGUACAGUCAUCACGCCAUCGACUAUGGGUACCAGAUCAACGCCAUCAGCUGUGUCAAGGGACACGAGAUACUCUCAAAUCUCCUGUCGUACAUGAGAGCUCAGUUCACAUUCUUCCAUCAAGGCUACGACCUCCUCCACGAGUUUGACCCCUUCAUGAGACAGGUGAGCACUCAAGUAGACCUGUUCCAGAAGGAAGCAGUGGAAUCUAUCAAAGAGAUGGACUCCAGACACAGUCUAGUAGCAUCACACCACAUGGAGGAUGGAUCACCAGACACCCCCCUACUACCCAUGGGCAACCCAACACUGGCCAUCGAGAACAGUGGCUACUUGUUCAAGAAGCCACGAGGCAACAGUAUCUUCAAGACUUGGUCAAAAAGAUGGUUUAUUCUCAAGGACAACAAAUUGGUGUAUCAGUCGGAAAGCAAAGAUGAAGAGUACUCCGUGGUAGCUGAGGACAUGAGGAUGUGUACUGUCAAGUAUGCAGACGAUUUGGACCGAAGAUUCUGCUUUGAGAUUGUGACACCAUGGCGAUCGUGUAUGGUACAGGCCAACUCUGACGCACUCCGGAAGAAAUGGGUGACUUACAUUGAGGCCAGCAUCGCCAGGGCCCUCCGUAUCAGUGCCAGCAACAAGAAAAUGGAGGACGAUGACGACUUCCAACGUCGUAGCAUGAUGGUCAUGGAUAAGGGAGAGCCCAUACAAAUGCUGAACGGCUCUCCAACUGGCCCGAGAAAAUCGAGUAACAACUAUGCGAUGGGGUUCGGCUUUUUGAGCGCCCCCGGCAACGACAAGUGUGCCGAUUGCGAUGGGGAAAACCCCAACUGGGCGAGCAUUAACCUGGGAAUCAUGCUUUGUAUAGAGUGCUCUGGUAUUCAUCGAAGCCUUGGGGUCCAUAUCUCUAAAGUGAGGUCAGUGACCCUCGACGAUUGGGACUCUGAUCUACAGAAGAUUAUGUGUCAGCUUGGAAACGCUCGAGUAAACGCUAUCUACGAGUUCGAAAUUCCCAUGCAUGUCAGAAAACCAACAUCAGAAAGUACUCGAGCUGCUCGUGAAACAUUCAUUCGUUUGAAAUACGUUCAACAUGCAUUCGUUCAUCCACAUCCAAACUACGAACGUACAGAUAUUCCCGUACCCCCUCCCACCAUCCCUGAACUGUUAGCACCGACACGAUCUCCAUUGAACCGUCGUAGAUCAGGGGAGCCCUCUAAACCAGGGAGUUCCCCUAGAUCGCCCACUCGAAGAUCGUUUAGUCCAUCAUUCCUUCGCUCUUCUCCACGGAUACAAAAAGGUAGUUUCCACACAAUGUCUCUCAGGGCUCCCUCCUCUCGACCUGGAUCAGCAGGCCAUUCCGACUACUCCACUCCAGCCGAUUCUGCAGAAGACUUGCGCCAGACUGGGGAGGACAGGUCGCUUGCAAUGCUAGCAGAAAAUUUCAAAAAGCUCGAGAAAAGUGGAAAGCUUAAAUCCUGGGGCAGUCAGAAACUGGGUGACAAGAUUCGUAACACAGCUCGAAGAUCAUCGCAACGACUCUCUAGUUUCGCUCGAAACAAAUUCAGUGAAGCUCGCGUACGGCUAAAACCGAAAGAGAAAGUUGCGGGUGUCCGUGAAGCCUACAGUGAUGCAGAGGAGGAUGACGACAUGGCGACCACUAGCACACCACUCCUCUACAGUAUGUCAGCCAGUACUAACAAUCUCUCAUCUUCAUACUCAACCCCUCCUCCAAAACCGCCUAGAACUUUUGUAACGAAACGCAUGUCAAGUUCAUCUCUAAGCGACGAUGAGAAUGGACUGUUUAAAGACUCUGACGAUUUCUCUGAUAUUUUAUCGGCCAUUAAAGAGAUGGGGGUACUCUGCAAAUCCACUUCCCCCUCACUAGAAAAACUUGAUUCUGAAAACGGAAUACCAAAUGGAAGAAUACCUGAAAACGGAUUGAAUCUGAAAAAGUCGGAAAGUUCCCCUCAACUAUCGCACGAUAAAUUGUUCAAUAGCAACGAGCCAGCUGCUAAUUUAAAAGGGAAUUCCCCUAUUCUCACGCCCCUCAAUUCGAUCGCUGAGGACCAAGACUCUAAACAAGACUCUUCCGAACAAAGCAGUGACUAUCUAGGAGUGAGUAACACUAGUGUGAACCUACCAUUGACCAUGAUUGAAACUCCAACUGACAUGACUGACGGAGAACGGUUAGUGAGCUCUGUUCCUCUGCGCAGAAAGAUGAUGCCUCCAGUGUCAGCGUCAUUUGACUCUGCCCUUGCCACCUCUGUGCUAACCAACAGUGAAGGAGAUAUACCAGCCACCAUUAAAAUCUCAGAAACAAGCGUACACACGAACAAUUCAAAUCGGUACUCAAUUUUAUCGACGACAAGUGCUGAUUUCUUUAGUGCCGAUUCAUCCGACGGCUCUGAUUCUAAACUGCCCAGUAUAUCUGUAUCUCCCGAGGUUCCACCAACUACUCCAAAAGUCUAUCACCUGCGUGCUCCAUCAGCUUGCUCUAUUGAGGACGAGUGUUUCAGUACUCCGCCCAGUACGCCCACACUUCCCGGUAGCUCUCGAAGUACACUGGACAGGGAAGAUAAACCAGCGACUAAUCAACUCGAAGAUGUCGAUCAUGUGACUGAGACUCUAAAUCUAGAUCAAUCCAACAAGGAGGAGGGAAAAUCGACCAAUGAGAAUGGAGAACAGCAUCACGCUACUGAUAUCAUGCCGUCACAAUCCACUCCAAAAUCAACACCCACUAAACGCAAGCGCUCUCUCACCGUGUCUGACUAUGUACCCAUACAGAGCUCACGGACACUGCUUGCAACGACAGUACACAGCAAAGACGAUAACUUUAGCACUGAAUACAAACAAAAAAAUAGUGACAACGAAGAUAUCUCCCCUGUGUCGUUAUUCUCUCAGCAAGACAUGCUGGAGAUACUGGGCAAUGAAGAUCCUGCCUCAGGGCAAUCACUCGCCAUUCCUGAAGAGAUUGAGGAAGAGCCUCUAGAUGAGGUGGACUUUGAGGGGGCGCCCUGUGAGGAUGUGAGUGGCGUGGAGGUGGUGGACAUCUCGAAAGAGGUGGUGGUGUGCUGUGAGGGUGAGGGUGUGAGUGGCGUGGAGGUGGUGGUCAUACCCGACACUGUGACACCAGAUGACUUCCUGCUUUCCGCUGUUGCCGCUAGUAACCUGCCAGGAAUACUGUGUGCGCUGGCCCAUGGGGGAAAGAUCAACUCUACACCUGCCACAGACAAGGCUCCCAUUCUACUAGCCAUUGAGGCAGGAAACCCCGUGCUAAUCGAGUACUUGUUCCAGAAUGGUGCCAAGCUCAACUGUACGGACCGUCAUGGCAGAGGGAGCCUCCAUUACGCUGUGCUCACUGACCAGUCCAAUCUGGUUGUCACUCUACUCAAGAGGGGAGUCAAACCAGAGCUCAAGGACAGCGAGGGAAAGGAGGCUAUUACUUACGCUCUGGAGAAGGAGAACGGAGACAUUGUGACCCUGCUGAGGAUGGUUACAUUCAAGGAGCAAGCAGAGCAAGGAUCCGACAACAGACAAAGCCAAUACUUGGAGGAGCUACAGUCCGAGUUCUUCAGAGAUAUUGAAGUGGCCAGUCUGGUGGAUCUGGAGAGAUCAAGGAAAUCAACUGCUAGUGACUCCUCCUCUGUAGCUAGCAGAGAAUCGUAGCUGUGUAUUGUGUGUAUUGUGUAUAAUAUUGUAUUUUAGCAGCUCAUUAAUUUUUGUGUGUAUACAGCGAUUAUGUGUUUUAGAUGUAUCGA